AUGGGAUUACAGAUAGGUUUCACCCCGCUGCAUUUAGCUGUUGCAUCUUCGAGCCGCGACAUCGUUCUUGCUUUGCUGGAUCACGGGGCAGACGUAGAUGCUGUGGACAUAAAGAGUGGCCGAUCUCCACUCCUUCAUGCUGUGGAGAAUAAUCAUUUGGAUAUGGUGGAGUUGCUACUAGAGCAUGGCGCCAACGUGAACGCCCAAUCCUACGGGGGCAAUACGGCACUCCACACGGCUAGCGGAAGGGGUCUGUUAGACAUGCUGCGGCUUCUGGUGAGGAACGGGGCGGAUGGCAGUCUGAAAAAUUACCACAACGACACUGCCUUGAUGGUAGCAAAGAACAAAAAGGCGAUCGACAUCCUGAGAGGAAAGGCUGUUCGGCCUAUCCCGCAUCCCGAAAGCAGCCAUGAUGGAUCGUCCCCCACAGCCAGCGCCGCAAGCUCUCCUGGCCUUCGGACCCACAGCCACGUGCUCCACGCUUCACCUGACUCCUGCUCCACCAACCCCAGCCCGGAUCAGACGCCAAAGCCUCACAGAGCAGGCCAUUCUCCCAACCCAGCCACCCUGAGGCCAGAAAGCAUUAUCGUGACGAAUGGACCUUCGACGUCCGCCCCGUUGCCUGGCGUGGAAUUGGACAGAAGUUCCCAUUCAUCCACCCUGGAGCAGCCGAUGAGCUUCCCAAGAUCCUCCAAGGUUCUCCAUCAUGAGAACCUGACCGAUCCCGCCUUCCACCCUGCCUUGUACCCCUUUUCUCCCGCCAGCCCUCACGCCUCCUCCUCUCACCCUCUCCAGUUGCUUCCGAUAGGCCUGAGCCAUCCGGUCAUAGCCAUGCCCCCAAGGACCAUGGCCAAUCGGAUGUCCAUGAGGUACCCAGGGAUGGACCAGUCACAGAGGCUGCUGGACUCGGAAGGCCCGGUGGUUCUCAGCUGCGAAGGGCAGUGGCUGCACAGCAGUGAGGGUGGCCCUGGUGACAGCUGACGAGAGGAAGUCCAGCUGCUUUGUGGGACAGGAAGAUUUCCCAAGGACCAUUUCACAAGGCAGAAGAGUGAGUCAAGGCAUUGCUUCUGCCAUGGGUUUCCAGCCUGACAUUUCUCCAUCUUUGCUGCAGACUUGAAACGACCUUCCUUUUCCAAUUGGCAUGUAGCAAAGCCCAGCACGUUGAGAAUACGUCUGCUGAAUAUAACUCCGCAUUGGCAACAGGGACGGCAUCCGGCCAGUAAACCCUCAGCUCCGUUCGGUUGUCCAGACUCUACCCCGCAAGGGAUUAUGGGGGUCGUUAAAAAGAUGAUGAUGUAGCAGAGCCCAGCCAGCCUGAGAUGAUCCUUCAGACGUCAAAAACUCAACAAUGGCCGCCUUGAUCCAGAGACAUCUCCCUCUCUCCCAAUCUCUCGGAACGUAUCUCGCACCACUGUCCGAGCAGAAUCUGGGUUGGAGCAAUUUGGGGUGUGAGUGUUCAGGGGUUAAAGACACAGAGUUUGUCAGCUGGAAAACUGACGGGUUCAAGACCCGAGCACUGCGCGACACGUGUGCUCCCGUUCCUUGCUCCAGCUCCUUGCCCACCUAGCAAUUCGAAAGCAUGCAAAUGCGAGUAGAUAAAGAGGUACCACUUGGUUGGGAAAAUAACAGCCUUCCGCGGACCUUAUGCUGGCCACGUGACCACAAAAACGUCUUCGGACAACGCGGGUUCCCUUGGCAACAGAAACGGGCACCGUGCCCUCGAAUCGGACACGACUGGGCAGGGAAGCUUUCAUCUUUCGUUCAGGAAUCCCGUUUUAGCACCAGGAAGGGGAGCGGUGAAAUCCAAAGCCCCAUCCACUCCCCUCAGCUGACGUGAUUUUUGACGAAACGCCGGAAGCGUCGCUCAAGUGGGGUAAACGUCUAUUUGAAUCGGCGGUGUUCUUUGUAUUUAAUAGGCAUUAAUUUAACUCAAGUAAAAUUAGCACAGUCGCUCCGCGUGUAUUUAAGCCUUUUGGCGUGUAUUGUAUUAGCGAUUGCAAUAUGAUGGUGGCACCUUUUCUGGGGUUUCGGGGGGCUGUUUACAGGUUGAAUUGUGUGCAUUUGGGGGUGGGGAAGAGAGUUGGCAGCCAUGAGGCUCUCCCCAAGGCACCCCAAAUUGCACGAGUGUGCACAGGUCAUCCUCGACUUGCGACCGCAAUUGACCCCAAAGGUUCUGUUGCCGACCUUUGUCCGGUGACUCUUGCUCCAUUUUAACGGCCUUUCUCGUGAAGCGAAUCGCUGCCGUUCAUAAGUCAGUGACCCAGUUGUUAAGUGAAUCUGGCUUCCCCCUUGACUUGUCAGAAAGUCGCCAAAGGGGAUCAUGAGACACACAAACACCCCGGGGACACUACAACUGUCAUAAACAUGAGUCAGUUUUGUCAAACGUCCGGAUUUCAACCGCAUGAUCAUGGGAAUGCUGCAAAGGUAGGAACCUACCUCUGCGGGCCUGCCCGGAACCCGCCUGCGGUGUCUCUGCCGGCAAAAACACUUAGGAGGGCCACACAGAGUCUGUCCGGGCUCUGUUUUCGGUGGCAGAGGGCUGCAGGAGGCCGAAAACGGAGUGCGGGCGGACCGUGAGCGGCCUCCCCAAGCUCCGUUUUCAUUGGCAAAGGGCUGCAGGAGGCCACUGUGGCUGAAAACGGAAUGAGUGAGUGAUAUUGAGCUGGCCACGCCCACCCUGUCUGCA